ACUGCGCAUCUUAAAAUGCCUUACGAACAGAUGUUUAUUAAUAAAGCGGAGACCGCGUCCGCCCUCCCCUCCGGCACGUCUCGCCCCAACCCUGCCCUCCUGGCCCACACCCUUACUGCGCCCUUGGCCCUCGGUCCCUCGGGAUCUCAGGCGUGGGAGCCCCGGCACAGCUCGGCUCCCUCCCGGCGCCCCGCGCCCGUCUUCCUUCCUCGUCCGGACGGACGCACUUCCGGCGGAUGUGGGGGGGUGACCUCCGGAAACGGAAGUGAGUGGCGGGACCGGCUGACGGUAACAGGGCUGAGAGGCUGGUGGCAGAGCGUGCUAAAGAUGAAUGCCAGAGGACUUGGAUCUCAGCUAAAAGACAGUAUUCCAAUUACUGAACUUUCAGCAAGUGGACCUUUUGAAAGUCAUGAUCUUCUUCGGAAAGGUUUUUCUUGUGUGAAAAAUGAACUUUUGCCCAGUCAUCCCCUUGAAUUAUCAGAAAAAAAUUUCCAGCUCAACCAAGAUAAGAUGAAUUUUUCCACACUGAGAAACAUCCAGGGUCUGUUUGCUCCACUAAAAUUACAAAUGGAAUUCAAGGCAGUACAGCAGGUUCAGCGCCUUCCAUUUUUGUCAAGCUCAAACCUUUCGCUGGAUAUUUUGAGGGGUAAUGAUGAGACCAUUGGAUUUGAAGAUAUUCUUAAUGACCCUUCACAGAGUGAACUCAUGGGAGAACCACAUGUGAUGGUGGAGUACAAGCUUGGUUUAUUGUGACACGUGUGCCUGCAUGGAAGUGGCGCUGCAAGUUGUUUAUGUCAUCUUCUUACUGUAAUUUCAUGUACAGAAAAUUAAAAGUACUGACACCUGAGAAGUUUUGCCUAAAUAGUAUCAGUCAUCAUUUGAAAUUGUCUGGAUCUUUUGUUCACAGUUGUGAGAUAGUUUAAAGCACUAAAGGGAGAUGAUCUUAAAGCUCCUAAUUUAUAUUAAAACAAUAGCCUUCUUUGUGUUUAGGGAAAAAGUCUGCUUAUGAAUAUUAUAAAACUACGUGCAGGUUUCAGUUCAACCCAUUUUAUAGGUAUGCCACAUAUUUAAUUUUGAAUAAUCAUUUUCAGCAUUUGAGUCUGCAGACUUCAUAAUAGCAUUUUUUGGAAUAAAUAUUUGUAAUUGAUUUCACUGGCAACACUUCAAAUUGAGUGCAGUGUAAAAUAGGUAUACUUUCAUCUUGAUUCGGUAUAGUCCAUUAGUAUUCAGAAGAAAUAUUUGCUGUAUUGAAGCUAUUUUAGAAUUACAGCUUUUUGAUUCUUUCAGUUGAAAAGUAUAAAUUCAGAGAUUUUGAUCUUGUUCUUUUCUUUAAAGUAAAAUAAAGCAAUCAGCAGAUAUAGAUGAAACUUGUGCUUCACAGAUAUAAUACACAUUUAAUGUAUUACCAGCAAUACUGUUAAAGAAGCAGAGUAAAACUUUUCUUUGUUCUUCAUUCAUAUAUUACAAGAUGCAUAAGUUUAAAAAAGUUAUUAGAACAUUCUCAUACAUACUGUGCAUUCAUAACCAAAUUCCAUAAUAAUUUACUUAAAAAUUAAUUUUCACUGUGCUUGCUCUUUCUUAUAAGGUAUUCUAUAUGCAUCUGGUAUAUAAAAAUAAAAGAUUUUUGGAAUAUUA